AUGGGGUUGGGAAGGAGGAGCAGAUCAGUUUUGAAGUAUAAUCGUUCUCCUAAACGUGUCAUGUUUUCUUCCGAUGAUGAAAAAUCAACAAUUUCUUCCGGCGAUACGUCUUUGCUCGAGUUUUCUUUCGAUGAUGAAAAAUCGACUAUUUCUUCCGGCGAUACGUCUCUGCUCGAGGAUCUGCCUCAAGAUCUUCUUAUUAGGGUUUUCUGCGGGGUGGAACAUGGUGAUUUGAAAAACCUACUCCGCAUUUCAAAAACAAUCAGUGAAGCGGCCUUGAGUGCAAAAAAAAUGGCAUUUUGA